UAGGAAUCAGAAGAAGAAGGAGAAGAAGAAGGAGAAGAAGAAGAAGAAGAAGGAGGGUUUUGGGACACAACCAUCAUGGGUGCUCGACUCGCGCGGAUGUUCCGAAACUAUAACGUGGAGGAGCGCGCGCUGAGAGAAAUCUCCAAAGAGAAGCCGAGGUCAGCACCGCGGCACGCGACCACCGCGACGGCCGUUMGSUCUGAGGCCUCGGAGUCGGUGAUGAAUAAGAACGAGUCGUUAUUGGAGCAUCUCAGGUCUGUGUAUGUAGAGUCCACGGAUCCAACAGUCGGCGGAAAAACGACUCCAGAGUUUUCAGGAAGAGGGUCUGCAGCCCGGCGGCCCCUCAGAGUCGGUUUCCCAGGAGGCGCGUUGGGCCUGCCGCACCUCACAGAUGUUCCKAAAGGGAAGCUGAGCCUGGCUGAGGCUCUCAAGGCUCUCGGCAGCCACCAGCACCAGCCUCGGACCUGGUCGGCAGAAAAGAUUGCUCAGGAAUAUUGCUUGGAAUUAAAAGACACACAAUCUGUGCUCCAAUUCUUUAUCCCUUUCCAGGUUGAGAUCAUCCCUCCAAAGAGCAGAACUUCAGAGCAAAUAAAGGCUUCCUAAGAAUGGAGAAGCUCUUACCUCACUUAUUUCUGUUCUAUGUUAUAGGAUGUAGCUUUUCCAUGAUUUAAGUGAUGUUUAGAUGGAAUGAUAGAACAUUUUUCAUAUAAAUAGAUGAAAAAACACAGAUAUUAAUCACAGUGAUCUGAUCAAGAAAAGUCCAUAAAGACGUUGUUGAUUGUUCAAAACUAAGUGUUUUUUUUACAGUGCAGACCUACAGAUUUUUAUUUCUAUUUACAAAUCAUAAAUGACAAAGUACCUUUGUGCAUUCAUUUUGAAAUUCAACUCAAAAGAAGUAGAAUUAGAUUUAUUUGCAAGUUAUGCUAAUGACUAAAUGAGUAGAUCUAUUUAUUUCUUUUUGUUGUUUAGGGCCUCCUUCUGUUCAGGUCAACCUGCUGCUGUGCUUGAACUAUACCAAUGCUGACAGUGGCCACACGCCCCUCUAUGAAGUGUGUCCUCAAUCAUAAGUGUUUAAAAUGUAGAGAAUUGGGACAGAAGGCCAUUGUGUCGCAACUUUGAUAUCCAAAAUGGUGGGACUGUUCACUCUUUUGGCACUUGGUCUGUUAAAAAGUAYAACAACAAGAAAUGGAUUGUAAAUGUGCAGUAUUUUUGCUUUCCAACGUCAUUGUUAGAGAUAUUUAGCUGUUCAAACAUGUUUUGCUAGUUGAAUACAGAGUAAAAUGUGAUGUAAUUGCACAUGCUCAAUUUCAAUACAUUACACUUGAAAGCUGAUUUCUUUUUUCUUUUGUGACAACUUGUUCUGUGAACAUUAUAUUUCCAGGAUGACAAAAAAAUACUCAUCAAAAACAUUGAUUUUAACAAUCGUAAAGGCAAUUCUCCCUGUGGUUAAGAGACAUCAUUACAUUUUGAUUUGUUUCUUGGAAAAACACGUCUUUUAUGUGGCGUAAAGGAAGUUUGAUAUAAAGUGGAGCUAAUGUAGCAUCAGGCCUUUUUCUCUUUGUUAGAAGAGAAAAAGGCCUGAUGAUACAUUUUGAGAAAUAAAAUGACAAAUGGAAUUAAAUGUCACUUUUAAAGUAAAUGAUGAAUGUCUGACUUGAUGGACCAAAAAAAAAUUACAAGAAAUUCACAAGGAACUCUGACUUCCAUUUUCUUUCUCUAUAGCCUGAGAAGAAAACAUUUGUUUAAAAAUUAUGAUGAAAUCUUUAACGACAAUAAGAACCAAAUGCCUUUCUAUUCCACUCCCACAAAAAAUUAAGAUGAGUUUUCAUAUUUUUGUAUUCUUUGUGUAUCAAUUUUAGAUGAAUAAAGUUUCUCCUGUAAUGACUUUCUACAAAAGAAAAUUAAACAUAAAUAUCAA